AUGUCGCGGUACGCAGGACAAGGGCCGACAACGGUCACGACAACAAGGCCGCAAACGUAUCAGCUUGUCUCCCCUGGCACACCGGCUGAUCCUCGAACAAUGAGCCAAGUUAGUCCAGGCUUUAUUUUUAACAACAAGGACCAACUGAUCCAGUCCCUUCGGACUCACCGGGUCAAUACCAUCACCGAGUUACGCCGGAUCGAGAAGAUCUUCGCCUAUCUGAAUUCGGCCGAGGUGACAGAGCCGAUGACGACGGCGUGGGCGCAUUACGUCAACUCAAACAACCUGCUGAAUGAGCUCCGUGGCCUCACCAAGACCUACCCGUUCAGCUCUGAGUGUCUCGACGAAGCCAAAGCUUUGGUGGUGCGCGACCCAAGUAGCACUCGGAGCUGGAACUACUGCUGGCUGGUCCUCGUGAAGAUGGAGAAGGAAAAUCUCAUCGCCAAACACGCGCGCUCUCUUGCUUCCAAGGCUAGCACCUGGGGAGGACGCAGGCCGACGAAGGAGGAGUUCGAACGACUUGUCGCUGCUUGCGUGGCCGAAUGGACCCGAGCACUCCGGCAAAUGCUCAAACAUUGGGACCAGGCCCCAAGUACGACGGGAAAUUGA